GAACCAUUAAGAGACUGAAACAAACAGUAUGAACCAGUGCUGAAUACAUCUGAACUUGCUGAAACAAACAGCCCGGUAAACUGGCCGUCGCUAGGGAAGGCGAAAAGCCGAGAUAAGGCAUGGCAAGGCUGAAGAGAUCGCUGAGAUCAUUCAUUUCAGCAUCAUCAAUGCUUCUUCUUCUUCUUGCGACCUGUGUCCACAGUGCGAUCUCGUCCGAUGCUUCCAGUGCGGGUGCGGCUUCAACUACUACUACUACUACCACAAUGCACACUAACAAUUGGGCAGUUUUAGUCUGCACUUCUCGCUUUUGGUUUAACUACCGUCACAUGGCUAACACUUUGUCUUUAUACAGAACUGUAAAACGGUUAGGCAUACCUGACGAAAGAAUUGUUUUGAUGUUGGCUGAUGAUAUGGCUUGCAAUUCGCGGAACAAAUACCCUGCUCAAGUCUUUAAUAACGAAAACCAUAGGCUUAACUUAUAUGGAGAUAAUGUUGAGGUGGAUUAUCGAGGCUAUGAAGUAACUGUGGAGAACUUCUUAAGAGUUUUAACGGGCCGCCAUGAAGCUGCUGUUCCCAGGUCAAAACGGCUUUUAAGCGAUGAAGGGAGUCACAUACUUGUGUAUAUGACUGGGCAUGGUGGAGACGAGUUCUUAAAAUUUCAGGAUUCAGAGGAGCUUCAGAGUCACGAUUUAGCUGAUGCAGUGAAACAAAUGAAAGAAAAGCGCAGAUUCAAGGAGCUGUUAAUAAUGGUUGAUACAUGUCAAGCUGCUACACUUUUCUCUCAGCUUCAUUCACCUGGUGUUUUGGCUAUUGGAAGUAGCAUGAAAGGAGAAAAUUCAUAUUCACACCACUUGGACUCUGAUGUUGGUGUCUCAGUCAUAGAUCGAUUUACAUUUUAUACCCUUGCCUUUUUUGAGAGGGUGAAUAUGUUUAGCAAUGCUUCAUUAAGCAGUCUAUUCAAUUCAUAUAAAUCAAAUUUGUUGAUGUCAACGGCAUACUAUCGAACCGAUCUGUACCCACGUCAACUGGAGCAGGUGCCCGUGACAAACUUCUUUGGUUCAGUCAUGGAGACCAUUCACACUGAUUCUGCAUAUAAAGCUCUCUCCACUGUAAGGGCUACAAUCAAGAAGCCAUCAGAUCUAUUUGACCAAUACGCACAAAGAACAUUAUCUAGUUCAGAUGCCCGGGAGCAAACUACUGAAUCAAAUACUGAGGGCAAACAGGUAAAUUGUCCUUUCACGAGGUUUUUGAGUUCCAUCCAUGACAAAAUGGGAAGUGUCGAGGAUGUGGAUAGCCUGAUAUUCUAUGGAUUGGCAUUAAUGCUCCCCCUGGUGGCAAUUUCGUCCUGGGUGUCAGUUUGAAAAUCAGAAUCGUAAACAGCUUCACUUCCAUUCUGCUCGAGCUUUUUCAUAUGCAUGUCUUUUGUUUUUUUCCGCUAUGCUACAGAAUUUCAUGUCAUUUGGAAAAAAUUAACCAACCUUCUAUUCCCAUGUUGAAUGUACAGAAGAAGAUUAUAAAACAGAAUAUCCGUGAGAAACUCCAAAAGCUGUCAUCUUGUAAGAAUGAAGAUAAUAAACCCCAAUCAAUCGAAACGGUCACAAUGUCAGGAACUGAAUUCUCACAGAGAGUUCGGUGAUUCCACGAAAUGAAAAUGUGUUUGCUCUAGGUACCAUGUGCUAGAAUUUGAUCCAUUAAAUUCAUACACAUUAGAUGAAGUCUUUGUCUUUUUUUAUUUCUUAUUUGUAAUAACACAAUCCCAUUAGUGCCCUUUCUUUUGUAGACAAAUUAUCCUCAAGUUCUAUAAAUUUGGUCUCAAGUCACCAGGUAGCUAGAUUA